AUGUCGCAUUUCUGGUGCUGCACUCGCACGACGUGGCCUCGCUUUCGCCUUGUAAUUACUUCCCACCGCACUUCCUCCCAUCACCCUCCCGUCGCGCUCCCGUCGCCCCUCCCGUCGCCCUCCCGUCGCCCUCCCGUCGCCCUUCCGUCACCCUCUCGUCGCGCUCUCGUCGCCCCCUCCCGUCGCGCUCCCGUCGCCCUCCCGUCGCCCUCUCGUCGCCCUCUCGUCGCGCUCCCGUCGCCCUCCCGUCGCGCUCCCGUCGCCCUCUCAUCGCUUUCCGGUCGCCCUCUCGUCGCCCUCCCGUCGCCCUCUCGUCGCGCUCCCGUCGCCCUCUCGUCGCGCUCCCGUCGCCCUCCCAUCGCGCUCCCAUCGCCCUCUCAUCGCUUUCCGGUCGCCCUUCCGUCCGCUUCCCAUCGGCCUCCUGCGCCUUCCUAUAGCCCUCCUGUCGCGAUCGCCCUUACAAUCGUAAUCGCCGUUUCCCAUCCCUUCCCCUCGCCCUCGCCGUCUCCCAUCCCUUCCCCUCGCCCUCGCCGUCUCCCAUCCCUUCCCCUCGCCAUCGCCGUCUCCCAUCCCUUCCCCUCGCCAUCGCCGUCUCCCAUCCCUUCCCACGUUCGCACCGCCAUCUCCCUUUCCUUCCCGUUGCCAUCCCAUUCGCCCUCGCCAUCCCGUGGCAAUCCCAGCGCCCUCGCUAUACCGUCGCCCUCCCGUCGUCCCGAGCCCUCGCCAUCGCCAUCUCCCAUCCCUCCCAUCGCGAUCUCCUCUCCCAUCCAUUCCUCUGUCCCCCCUCAUCCUCCUGUCGCCCUCGCCGUCCCCGCUUCCCAUCUCUCUCUCUACCCUCCCACCGUCAACAUUGUCGCUCUCAUUGUGACUCUCCUUGCCUCGUUGGUAGGAAUAUCGUAUGCUGCGUCAGCAGUGACGGACUAUUGCGCUGGGUCGCCCGUUCAGUACUGCGACUUCCUCAUCAAAGGGUCUACGUCAGUUCCGACUGUGAACCUUCAAGUCUUUUCUGGGAACAGGAUUCUUUCGGGAAAGCCCAUUGUUUACAAGACUGGCGAGGCGAUUAAGACAGCAUAUUCGUACCAGUGCACUUUCCCCAACGAGAAGGGCAAGAAAGCUCGUACCGCAUGCGGAAGCAUGUUCCACUUCAUGAGCCAGACAAGCAGCUGGAACGAGACGACUCUUGUUGGCAGCCACAUGAUCACCAAGCAGAACCUGGAUAAAUUCAAGAACAAGUGCGUGAAGAUGCUUAUUGAUAACGUCAUGCUCGCAAAGGGCGGCUGGGUCAACAACGGAGAUGGAAAGGCCUUGUACCCUCAGAGGAGACGCUGCGUGAUGUUCCCAUUCGGACUUAUACUGUGCCUCCAAGCGGUCCCGUCUCAGGGCGUCCGGUGCUACUACAGGCCUCUUGCGCCUUGCGAUUUCGUGGUGCAAGGAAGUGCAGGUGUUGUGCCGCAGUAUCGCGUGGUGUCGUUUCUGGGAAACAGGUUGCUCAGCCGCACCCCCAUCAUCCACAAGUCCGGCGAUCUUGUUAUCACUGCCUCUUCAGAUGACUGCACGUUCGUGAACUCGGGUGCGAGUUGCGAGAACCGAUUCUUCUUCAUGCCGCCAGGCAACGACUACAACAAGACCAACUAUAUUGGGCAACACCCCAUCGCACGUACUAGCCUUGCUGUAUACAAGCAGCAGUGCGUUCUUCUGUACAUGAACAACGCUCUCUUGGAGAGGGCUGGGUGGCUCAAUAACGGGGACAACAAGCGCAAGUUUCCCCAGGCCCGGCGCUGUGUGGUCUUCACCACGAUCUAG